UUUGCCGCCAUUUUACAGUGCACGUAUGUAUACGUAGAUUGUAGAUACUGUGUUACUGAUUGUCAUAAUUAUGAUCUUAUCUAUUUAAUAUUAAACAAGAACUUUUCUAGUAGUAAGUCAACGCAAAGGCGGAUUUAUAAUCUCUGUAAUUAAAAAUUUCUCAUGUAGGUUAACAGUUUGAUGACUGUUUACUUCACAGUAUACUUUCAUAACAAAUAUCACAUGCUCACACUGACACUCGGCCGACGAAGUUAGUGAGAUAGGCCUAUAUAAAUAUAAAACUUAAAAGUAUAAUAUUCAGAUUAGGUAUCUAAUAACUACUAAUAUUGUCAAUAAUAUAGUGGAAAGCAAGUAAUUAUAUUAUUAAUAGGAAGUUAUGGUUAUUACAGUCCGUUGGAAUAAGCAAGGGCUACUACUACUAGUAAUAAUUCAUUAAGUUAUUAACUAAUUUCUCUACCAUCUAAAGUAAUAGCGUCUUUAAGUUUCACUUUUGAGUCAGUACAGCAAACCGACGAGACAACAUGGCCGUAGCUAUUAACGUAUAUGAACAGGCUGAAUCGUGACUGAGCAACACAAGCAAAAAAAAAGUAACUUAAAAGAGGCCUUGAUUAACAGAACACUAAAGAGUAUCCAUCAGUUGAAAGAAGAGAGAAAUCUACCUUCAAUUCAAGAGGAAACAUGUUCUCGCAUGUUAGUGGAAGCCAUCUUGGAAAUUAUGAUGUGCUUCUGGUACAAAAUGGAGAGCACCAUGUUGACCAUAAAAGCACUGAAAUGGAAAUGCCAAAAAUGAAUGAUCACCUUGGGGAGGUCAUACAUACAAACUCUGAAUGUGACCUUAUCAGGCCACAAGAGGAUGAGGAUGAUGAAAUUGUCAGUAUUUUUGAGGUAGAACCUGAUGCUGAAAACAAUGAAACUGAAAACAGUAAGGUAGAAAACAAUGCUUAUAUGGAUAUUGAAAAUAAAGUGUUACAUACUGUUUUGCUAAAAGAUCGGAAAAUAUUUUUCUUAGGAACUCCCAGCUGUGUAGGAAAUCGUGCUGCAAUAGUGUUUGAUGAUAGUGUUGCAUUUAAUAAGCGUCCAGUUGUAAUGAAUAUUACACACGAAAGUAGCAGUCUUGGAAAGAAUAAAUGUAAAAACAUUCGUUUCCAGGAAAAAUACAGGUCUCAAAGAAUAACUGUGCAGAAAAACAUGGAAAAACUCAUUGAGGAAAGCAUUCAGUAUAAAAGUUUUCACAUGCAUCCGCAUCAAAAAAAUCUCUUAGCUUUUAAAACAAAAGAACUCCGAAACCAUGUGUUAAAAUUGAAAUGGAACUUGCAACAUUUUAGAGAAGAUCUGGUCUGUAAUCAGACUUCAUUACAGCAGACAAUUAAACAAACUGAUAGACGUUUGCGACCACGAAGUCGUGUUGUUUACUGCUAAGUGUUAGAAAUAAAAUGAUGUGUUUGAGGAUUGCAAACUGUGUGAAUGAGACAGUAAUGUAAUUUUUGGGACUUUAAACUAAAGAAUGUUGUUCAUGGAAACAAUAAAAUUACCAGGAAUUUAACAGAGAAGCUGAAAUUUGUUAUGGAUGUUGAUAGUUUCUAUGUUUCAUGUUAUUGUGUCAUAAAUGAACCAUUGUUUAUGAGAUGCAUCUGAGCUAUACUGAGGUUAAACAUUUAGGGAAAAAAUGCAAGAAAGUCAUCACUAAGCCACAUCUUGUAUUUAUUAAUAUUGAAAUUCUGUUUAAUGUUUCAUGUUAUACUGCAUAUCACAAAAUUCAGAAUCUUACUAUAAUUUAUUUUGAAUCUUUCUGGUUCAGAAAAAGUGUUGAAUCUGUGUGUCUAUUUUCCAAAUACAAAAUAAUAAAGUUCUCAUAGAUUUUGCUUAAAAUUGUGUUUAUAGCAGUUUUUGUAUGGACUCGGCAGUAAGUCAGUGGGCUUAUAACCCUAAAAAUUGGGUUUUAAUGCGCGAGAUGGACAGAGCACAGAUGGCUUUUUGUGUAGCUUUGUGCUUUACAAUAAACCAACAAAAACAUGCAUUCAUGAUUAUGGCCAAAGAUUUUUUUCAGUUUAAUUGUUUCACUUGUAUAUUGUAUGUAAAUAUGGCAUGUUCUUGUUUAAGUACAGACCUUGAGGUUCUUCAAAUUUCACAGAAGAUGAUAAAAAGUGUGUUCAUUAAAUUGUUUCCAUUUGUUUAGAUAAGCCCUGUAUUUCUUUUGUAGUGCUUAAAGGAAGUUUAUUCAAACAUCACCAGAUUGCUGUUUAUUUGAGAAUAUCUUUGUCAUCCAGUGCAUGAUAUAUUUGAAUUAGUUGUUUGUGUAGAAACAAACCUGUUCAAAUGGUGUUUUUUAAAAGUUUGUCUCAACCAGAUAUCAGAGAAAACAAAUGUUUUUGUGGUAAGUUAUAUAAAAUUAUUGGCAAACAAUAGAUCUCAUGUUUUUUUUUCCCAAACUGAUGUUAUAAAGUUGUUUGAAGAACUUAGUAAGUUCUGAAGGGUAUUUUAAGAAUAUCACCAUUACAUGGGAUUGAAUAUAAUACAGUAUCAAACACACAUAAAGAUACAAAUUGUUUCAGUAAUAAACCAUAGGUAUUUCUUUUUUUCAAACUAUAAAGGUUUUAUCAAAUUUUAUACACAUUUGAUUGAUUUUUUUUUUCUUCGUCUUCCUCAGAAUGCACUGUACAUUGCCAGGGAGAUUUAAACAACUAUAAAUUUGUUGUAGAAUCUGAACAAUAAAUUUUUCAAAAUCUC